AUGCUGUCCUCGCGCAUUUUGACCCGGCGCCUGCCACAGGUUGCUGCUCGAUUCAACGCCCCCCGCGCCCCGUUCUCGCAAGUCCGAAGCCUUGCAGCUGCUGAGCUUGACGAUCCUUUGCAGAACGGUGGCUACCAGAAUCCUCCCCGCCAGAAGCGUGCUUUCAGAGAUCCCUACGGCGACUGGUGGGACAAGCAGGAGAAGAGGAACUUUGGCGAGCCUGUUCACGAAGAGAACGAAAUUUUAGGUGUCUUCAGUCCCGAGCAAUACACCCAUGUCACAUCCCGCAAGGCCUUGUUCCAAAUCGGAGCCUUUGUCGUAACCUUCCUGGGAUUCUGCGGUGUUGUGAGCCUUUACUACCCUGACAAGCCGAGUGCUCCCAGAACCUUCCCAGGCGGCUUGGAGAAGGAGCUUGGAGGCGCGCAUGCCCUUCCGGUUGGCAAGUCCAGUGAGGACUCUUUGUAG